CAACAACAAAGACAAUAAGAACGCCAGUCUCCCCGGGUCGCCAAAGGUCCAUCAUACCACCGAUUCCAAACACUCGCCACGUACCAAGCCCAAAGUGGGUCCAUCCGUCUACCCGACCGCACCCAACCGGCAAUGUGAAACUGUCACGGCUCCUGCCAGUGCCUCAGAUUGUCCGGCACGUUUUAGCAAAAUGUCGCACAUACUCAAUAUAUCAUGCGACCAUGAGGUCUGGAUGCAGCAGAUAUCGUUUGAUGGAAUGAUGAGGUAAUACUACAAGAGAGAUUGAUAAUAACUACGGGCGGGAAAAUGGAUCUACUACACACUAGCAGCAACAGCCUGGGGCGACUAGAACUUGCAGCUAUCAUCCUGACUGCAGGGACGAGGGCUACUCUUUUUGCCAUUCGACUGGAACUUUUGGCUCGGAGGUCCCGUGAGAGCGUGCGUCCAGGAUCCAGGGAGAAGAGAAGAUUAAGAGAAGAUAACAUUGUUCGGUACUUGCUGUGGUUCUUUGCUUGAUAAGCACUGGUCGAGGAGA